AUGGGGUACGGAGAUAGUGGUUUGUACACUACAGCUCCUCCAGCAGUUGUUCCUGCACACUUCGAUGUUCUGGCCCCGUCGUCUGGACACUUCGACAUUCGGGUCCGGUCGUUUGCGCAUUCCGAUGCUUCGGACGUGUCGUUGGCACACUCUGACACUCCGGCCCAGCCGGCUUCACACUCGGACGCUCCGGUCUCGUCAUCGUCACGCUCCGGCGCUCCGGUCCCGUCGUCGGCACCUUUGCCCCGUCGACCGACCAACGACCUUCCUCACGCAGCUCGUGCAACCGGAAGGAACAGCUUUCAUAAACCUGCCCUGGAGUUUCCCACGAAUCUUCCUCCCGCAACCCACCACGCUCCCACCACCCGCCGCAUUCCCACCACCCACCACAAUCGCCAGGUGAACCAUUCCCAUAGAGCUCGACCCAUCGUCACCAUUCCUGACCAUCAAGACACGCAGACGACACCUGCUCGCCAAACACUCGACAUCACCGUGCCCCCAAACCCGUUGCCGGAACCCCCAACCUCGCCGCCGGAACCUCCAACCUCGCCGCGGGGGCCUGAAACCCCGUCGCCCGCGCCUCCCACGAUGUCCCGCCCGGCGCCAAACCUCCCACCCCCCAACCACCCUAGCUGGGGUGUGAAUGGGAUUAUGCACGGCGUCUACCUGCAGGGCGCCCACACGUAUCUGUUCGACCCCCGCUACGUGGGCCAACGACGCGACGCGCUCCAGCACGGCCAUAACGGCCUGACCCCCGGCGACUGGUGGCCGCUGCAGGUAGUCGCCGUUUACAACGGCGCCCACGGCCAACGCGUCCGUGGCAUCUCUGGCGACCCACAAACGGGCGCCUACUCGGUCGUGGUCUCGGGGCUGGCGGCCCAGUAUCGCUACCACGAUCGCGACAACGGCGACGUGGUCUGGUACUCGGCGGACCGCCCGAACGCCGGCGUUGGUCUCGGGCGUCGGGGCAGGGCCAACCCCAACGCCAACAAUGCCAGCAGCAACAACAACACCAGCAGCACCAGCAACGGCGGCGCCGGGAACAACACCGGCAGCAACAGCAACAACAGCGCCGGCGGGAACAACCAGCAGGCAGCGCCCGCACCGGCUCCGGCCCCGAGACCUCAACACAGCGCCGACACCCGCGCGCUCCUCGCCUCGGAACGCACCGGCCUGCCCGUCCGCGUCCUUCGCAGCGCCGGCCACCGCAACCGCCACUGGGCGCCGGCCGUGGGCAUCCGCUACGACGGCCUAUACCGCGUGGUGCGCCACAUUGUCUCGCACAACAGCCACGGCGGACAAUUCCUCAAGUUCGAGCUCCGCCGCCUCAAUCCCGCUGCCAAUCUGGGGAUGACGCUGAACCAGAUCCGGACGACGGUGCCCACUCAGGCGCAGAGGGCUGCCGAGGCGAGCAUUCGCGAUCGGUAUUGA